AUGGUAACUGUGAGGUCCAUCAUUGCACUGGCUGCUGCUAAACACUGGUUAAUCUUCCAAAUGAAUGUUUACAUUGCAUUCCUCAAUGGUGAUCUUCUUGAGAAAGUGUACAUGCAUAUUACUGAAGGAUUUUGCAGACGGGGAGAGACAAAGAAGGUAAAUAAGACAAGAAGUGAUCUGCAAACCAGCUUCAAAAUGAAAGAUCUUGGUGAAUUGAAGUUCUUUUUGGGAAUUGAGUUUGCCAGGUCUAAGGAAGGCAUGGUGAUGAAUCAGAGGAAGUAUGCCAUGGAAUUGAUCUCUAAAUCUGGCCUUGGUGGAGCAAAACCUGCUGGAACUCAACUUGAAAUGAAUCAGAAACUAACUUCAACAGAGUAUGACAAUUGGAUGAAAGUCAAUCGUGAUGAUGAGAUGUUAAAAGAUCCUAGUAGCUUUCAAAGCACAAAUAAGCUUACUGCCUAUUGUGACUCUGACUGGGGAGCUUGUCUACAGACAAGAAGGUUAGUUACUAGCUACAUUGUCAAGUUUGGAAAUACACUUGUAUCAUGGAGGUCUAAGAAACAAGACACUAUAACAAGGAGCUCUGCAGAAGCUGAAUUCAGAAGUAUGGCCACAUGUGCAGCUGAAGUGACCUGGCUAAUAGGGUUGUUUGAAGAGCUUGGUGUGAAGCAAAAGUUACAUGUUGACAUAUGUGUGACAGCAAGGCAGCCAUUCAGAUUGCUGCAAGUCCAAUUUUUCAUGAGAGGACUAAAUAUAUAG